GCUUGGCGAUUGGUCGGCUUGUGCUCCUCUCCCCUCCUUCCCCUGGGCUUCCGCUUCCGGUUCUGACGGACGCUACGGCCAUAACGAUGAUCGGAGACAUCCUGCUGUUCGGGACGCUGCUUAUGAACGCCGGGGCGGUGCUCAACUUUAAGCUGAAAAAGAAGGACACGCAGGGCUUUGGGGAGGAGUCCAGGGAGCCUGGCACAGGUGAUAACAUCCGGGAGUUCUUACUGAGCCUCAGGUACUUCCGAAUCUUCAUCGCUCUGUGGAAUGUCUUCAUGAUGUUCUGCAUGAUCGUGCUGUUUGGCUCCUGAGCCCCAGAGACGGAACCAAGAACACACCUUCCCAGAUGUGGAGUCUCCCUUCUUCCAUGAUGACUUCAAGAAUGUUUUUGACUGGAAAACCCGUGACCUUCCCGGAAAGCCCAAGCUCGUGGUGGGUGGAAAGAAAUGUUCGCCAAGAUAUGCAUGAUUUCCCGGCCGCAUCACUGUUUCCUUUUCAGAGAUAUUUUCACGUCGAUCUCUGCGUUGAAAUGCUGUCUACUUAGGAAGUUUCAGAAGGGUUUAUGUAAGGGAUUAUGAUAACAAUGCAUUGGUGGAAAAGAGAACAUUUCUAGGUUGUUUUAUUGGAUUGGAAUCCAUCUUCCACCUAGCUUUCACUAGAAAUACAUUUCUGAAUAUUUCUUUGCUUAUGUUUAAUAACCAUAAACAUAAUUUGGUUCCAAUUAUACAGAUUUUUAGAAAUCGUUUAUAUCCUGGGAUCUGAAACAGAAAGGUUGGCUUUAAGUUGGAUGCAGCCUCUUUUAUUGGAUUUGUUUGUGAAUAACGAAGUUCAUUGUUGCUAAGUCUGCGGCCAAGUUCCUUCCCCAUCCCAAUGGGCUUUACUCGGUCAGUCCCCAGGACUUUAAGGGUGAAGUAUUACUGGUUCCCACAGAAGAGAGGUGCAGGACAACCAUCAGGGCCAGACAGGGGUCUUUCAAGAAAUUUUGCCUUGCCUUGAAGGUCCCCUGUUAAAGUAACUUUUGGGGCCAUUAAUUGUACAAUUUUUAGAGUGAGAGUGAUUUGUCUGGUGAUAUUGGGGCCCAGUUCUGAAAACUGGGGUUUUUGGGUCUGCUUUUCAAGUGGGUGAUUUCAAGGUUGAAAAACAAUGAGCCUCAUUCGAGUGUUUUGCGCAGAAGCUUCUUUGAAGGAGAGUCCUGGCUCACUUGCCAAAAUGAAAGGCCGGUGGUUGGUACCUGGUGUUUGAUUUGUUUGUUGUGGUGUUGAAAUCCUGACUUGUAGGUCAACCUGGUGGGAGAAAAAAGUAAACAUGCAGGCUUCUAGAACUAAAUAGCAUUGAAAAUAAAGCUCGUUUCCAAAAA